GCCCCCUUUUCUCAACUUCUUUUCUUUUCUUUUUUUUUUUCAUUCUGCUUCCUUUCACUUUAUCCUCUUCCCUUCGCCUUAACCACAUAACAGUACUUUCUCUCUUCAUCCCGUAUAUUUAUACGUUUUAACAUUAUUUGCAGCUUUUCAACAUGCCAGAAAUUAUCAAGGAAGGAUAUCUUUCUCUAAAAGAAGAGGGUCUAAGAGCUUGGAUUUGGUCGAAGAGAUAUUGUGUAUUACGAGAUCAGUCGUUGACAUUUCAUCGUAAUGAGGCGGGACAAUGUAUCGGACUAAUUUUUCUCAAAGAAAUCGGAUCAGUAACAAGAAUCGAUCUCAAACCUUAUUGUUUUGAAAUAUCAGCCAAAGAUAAAGCUUAUUAUAUUGCUUGCAAAAAUGAUGAGGAAUUGUACGGUUGGAUGGACGAAAUAUACAAUAGAUCAUCAGUAGGAACUUCUAGUCCAACAAACUUUAUUCACAACGUGCAUGUUGGCUUCGAUCCUAUAACAGGCGCUUUUACAGGACUGCCUGAGCAAUGGACAAAAUUAUUAAAAGGCUCAGCCAUCACAGCAGAAGAUGCUGCUAAGAAUCCUCAGGCAGUGCUGGAUGUAUUAGAAUUUUAUGCUGAACAAACAAAAAGAGAACAGGAAGAGUAUGGUACAUCCAAUCUUCAAGGUGCAGUCGAACGUAUGAGUGGUGCUAAUUGGGCUAAAAUGAUGCAAGAGAGUGAUUUGUCGUCUCCUUCCCUUUUAUUUCCAUCAGCAUCACAACAGCAGCAACAAAAGAAACCACCAACAGCUAAUGUCAAACUACCACCAAAGCAUAUACCAACAAGACCUGCUCCUCCUCCGCCUUCUGCACUUCAAGCUUUAUCAGAACUAAAACUUCAAGAUCAAAAAGCCUCACCUACUACAUCCCGACCUUCAGAUCGAUUUAAUGUGACUCCAGCAUUACCUGGCAAUUAUGCACUACCUUCGAGGGAUCAAAGCGGUAGCCCUGUUGCAACAUCGCCUACUAAUUGUAAUGUUAUCAAAGAUACCCAUCUUGAGCGGCUUCUGGGAUCUGCUGCAGAGACAAACAACUAUCCUGUUCGCACAAGUAGUGUCGAUUAUUAUCAACAACAGCAUCAGCAACAUACGUAUCCUAAGCAUCCACAACCUACAGCAGCAGAGAUUGAAAGAGAAAGACUGCAUAGAGAACGAGAGAAGGAAAAGGCUGCAGCUCAACUUUCCGGUACUAAUAACCAUCAUCAUCCCCACCAACAACAAACGAAUGGUAACCAUAGUAAUAGGAAGAAGGAUGAGCAAAGAAUAAGUACAAUGACAGAAAGUCAGAUUAUGGAAAAAUUACGCUCUGUUGUCUCCAAAGGGGAUCCAAAUGAAUGUUAUAAAAAGAUCAAAAGGGUGGGCCAAGGUGCUUCUGGCUCUGUGUAUGUAGCCACCUCCCUUGCUACCAAUACCAAAGUCGCCGUCAAACAGAUGGACCUCGCCAAUCAACCGCGCAAAGAGCUUAUUGUCAAUGAAAUUCUUGUUAUGAAAGAAUCACAGCAUCCAAAUAUUGUCAAUUUCCUUGAUUCUUUCCUUAUUGGAUCCUCCGACCUAUGGGUCGUCAUGGAGUUUAUGGAGGGUGGUGCUCUCACUGACGUCAUUGAUAACAAUAGUAAAUUGACCGAGCAACAAAUCGCCACUGUUUGCCUAGAAACGGUUGCUGGUCUUCAUCAUUUGCAUUCUCAAAAUAUCAUCCAUCGCGAUAUCAAAUCAGACAAUAUCUUGUUGAAUGCGCAGGGUCAUGUUAAGAUCAGUGAUUUUGGUUUCUGUGCAAAGCUGACGGAUCAGAAAAGAAAGCGUGCAACUAUGGUAGGCACACCUUACUGGAUGGCACCUGAAGUGGUGAAACAGAAGGAAUAUGGUGCGAAAGUUGAUAUUUGGUCACUGGGCAUCAUGGCCAUUGAAAUGAUAGAGAAUGAACCACCCUACCUGGAGGAAGAACCGUUGAAAGCACUUUAUUUGAUUGCUACAAACGGUACCCCAACUUUGAAACAUCCAGAGAGAUUAUCAAAUGAGCUAAAGUCCUUCCUGGCAGUCUGUCUCUGUGUGGAUGUUCGAUCGCGUGCCACUUCAGCAGAACUUAUGAAUCAUGGAUUCCUCAAAAAGGCUGGUCCUUUAGAAAUCUUAGCCCCGUUACUGAAAUUUAGAACAAAGACAAAGGUGUAAGUUCUUAAUUCAAUUGACCAACUCACAUGAUCUUUACCAUUAAGGUUGUUAGUAGUAUCUUGAUCAAUAAAAAUACUCGAUAUUAUUAUUUAUGUUGUAAAGACAAGUUUUGUUCUUCCUUUGUUUUGCUUACGAACAAGAAAACAACGUUAAUUUGAAAAGUAAUUGUAUUUAAUGAAAGCAA